GCGGGGCUGGAGACGGGGUAAUGGAGCAGGCAGAGCCCAGCGGGGAGCUGUGCGCUCCUUGUCUGGGGCAUCGGACCCUGCCAGCCCCCUAGCCCGGCACUCGCCACCCUCCCCCCGGCGGGGGAGGGCAGGUGGGGCAGGGGAGUCGGGAUCGGAGCCGGCUUCGGGGAGGAUCGCAGCGCCGGGACCAGAACCGGAUCGUGGGACCCAAGACGGGAUCCGAGCCCCCGGGGGCCGAACCAGAGCGGACCCACCCCAGGAUCCACUGGGUCCCAGCACACCAGGAGCGGGAUCCCGGGAAGGGACCCACUGGGAUCCACUCAUGAAAGGAUCCACCUGGGACCGCAGCCCACGUUCCCUUCAGAAUCCACCCGGGGCUUGAUCCGUCCAGUCACAGGAUCCACUGGGACUGCAGCCUGGCCAGGACUCGGGAUCCUGGAUCUCCCAGGACAACGGGACCCCGGGGGAAGUAGAUCCCACCCCUGCCCCAGCUACAGGAUCUACCCUGGGAAUCUGCUUCCUCCCCCUCCCUGCACUGACCUGGGAGAGGAUCCCCAGGGGUCACCGGAUCAGCUGGGAUCCCAGAAGCGCUGGAUCCGCCCUGCACCCGCCCUGGCGGCUCCUUUGGAUAAGGGGGCAGAUCCCUGCACUGGCUCCCCCUUCUGGCGGGGCCGCCUGGAGUCGAGAUGUUCUGGAUUCGUGGAUUCCUUCUUUUGUUCCUGCGGAGCUCAGCUGGGCUCCAGGGAGAAGCGCCCUCCGAGUGCUUCACGGUGAACGGUGCCGAUUACCGGGGGGCCCAGAACCACACGUCCCCCGACGGCCGGGGCCAGCCCUGCCUCUACUGGAACCAGACCCAGAAACAUGCCUACAACACAGCCAAGUACCCCAAUGGGGAGUGGGGCCUGGGCAGUCACAACGCCUGCCGGAACCCGGAUGGGGAUGUCCAGCCCUGGUGCUACGUCCUUGAGACCGAGGAGGGGAUCUACUGGAAAUACUGUGACAUCCCCAGCUGCCACAUGCCCGGGUACCUCGGCUGCUUCCUGGACUCAGGCAACCCCCCGGCACUGAGUGGCAGCAGCGGCACCUCCAGCAAACUGACCAUCCAAGUCUGCAUCCGAUACUGCCGGAAGCGAGGGUACAAGUUCGCUGGCGUGGAGGCUGGAUGCGCCUGCUUCUGCGGCAGCGAGGGGGACCUGCGGUGGGCCCAGCCCGUGGGGGCCGUGGAGUGCGACCAGGUCUGCUUCGGCAAGGCCAGCGAACUGUGCGGGGGGGACGGCCGCAUCGGGGUCUAUGACGUGUCUGUGGGGGCCUGCCAGGGGAACUUCAGUGCACCCUCUGCGGUCAUCUACUCCCCGGAUUUCCCGGACGACUACGGCCCGACAGCAAUUGUUCCUGGGUCCUGCGGCCCCCGGCUCCAGCGCCGUGGAGCUCCGCUUCCAGAUCUCGAGAUCCGGGACCCCAACGACUGGCUGGAGCUGCGGGAUGGGCACAGCCACCGCCUCCUGGCGCAGUUUGAUGGAUCACCGCCCUGCCCCGCCCUCCUCCUCUCCACCGAUGUCCUUGUCCUCAGCUUCCGCUCCGACCAGCUCCUGCAUGCUCAGGGGUUCGCCAUGGCCUACCGGGUGAGCGAUGCAGCUGAAUCUGGGGGGCAGGGCUGUUCCUACUGGGACCCCUCUCCUGCACUGAGACGUGGCCCCUCUGGGGUGGGGCAGCUGGCUGGGACCCACAGCGCCGACGACGUAGCCAUCGGGGCAGGAGGUUGGAUGAUGUACACAGCUUCAGGGGCCUUCCUCCUCAUGCUCCUCAUCAUCUCAUACCACCUGCGGAAGAGGACCUGCCUGUUUGUGCAGAAGAAGAGCGGGGGGCUGCCCGGCUCCUUCUCCUCUGCCGCGGGCCCCCGGUGCCGAUGCCAGUGCCUGGGAGGGGAGGCCUGGGCUGUGGCUUAUCGGCACACAGGGGUGCUCAUCUGCACCGGCCACAGCUCCCGGCACCCCCCUCCGCUCCCUGGCUCUGACGACGAAGCUGCGUCCGACUGCACCUGCCUGUGUCACAGCUACGAGAACCUGGCGCCCACCAGCCAGUCCUCCCUCAAGUCCCUCCUGUCCCCCAGCUGAGCUGGGGGGGUGGGCAGACCCCCGCAGAACUCCCCUCCAGGGCCAGGGGCAACCCCAGAAUGACUGCUUUGGAGGAGAGCUGGGGGGACCCCGGAAAUAUGCAUUCAUGCCCCCAGUGUCUGCUGCCCCAUGCAGACCCCAGAACUGGGGGUUCAUGCCCCUCCCACUGUCUCUGAGCCCCACAGAGAGACCCCAGAAAUGGGGCUCACAUUCCCCAGCGUCUCAUGCUGCCCUGGAGCUUCACUGCCCUAUGAAUGGACCCUGCCCACCAAAAUGGGGUGUCUGAAACAACUGCUGCAGCUUUGCCAAACCACCGGAGACGGCAUCUGAGUUGGGAUGGGUGGCCUUGUAUAAUGCGCUGCCCCAGGCCCCUCAGAUGUACCCCAAAAUGGGGUUUGUGCCCCCCCAGGGCCUAACGCUACAGCCACCCCUUGACGAUGAUGGUGGUUUGACCCACUGGAAGAAGCGGCUCCAACCCAGCCCUAGGGCAGGGGACUGGCUGGCUCAGGGGGGCGUGGGAUGGGACACAGGGCCUUGCCCUCCAACAGCUGGAGAAGUGCAGCUCCAUGCCAUGGGGCACAGAUGGACACGUGGGGAGUAGGGAAGAGGGAUCUGUGGAUGGGGCAUAACUCCUCUGCAGGGGGUGCUGUGUCCCAUGUGGGGUGCACGAAUACCCCCCGAGGGACUCACAGCAACAUGCCCUGAAC